AUUGCCCUAUGCUGUGGCAUAUGGUUGUUUGACAACCCAGGUCGGACCUCGCACAUGCCUUUAACUCCUCUCGUCCUUGCUGUACGUUGUAUUCGAGACAGUCACGAAGUUCUCCAUCAGCUCGUACCACUCACGAAAGUGUCCCUCGUCCGCUAGUGCGAUGGAUAUCGAGCUUGUACGGCAGCAUUCGAUGCGACCACGGUGACUUCACACGUUUCCCUAUUCACCAUGCAGUUACUAACACCGCCAAAAGCGGAAUAAAAGCGGCCGACGUUCGCCAGUUGCAGCACACCUCUUGCCAGGGAGACGACGCAAAGGGCUGCUCUGGCUCCCCUAUUUUCUUGAUAAGUAUUAUUUUUACUAGCACUACGAACUGUAGUCAUGAAGGGAGCAUUGUUGUGCAUCCUAGUUCUCCUGGCUCUGGCAGCCAUCAGCUCCGCACAGCGUGGCCGCGGAGGUGGCAGGGGCCGCGGUGGAGGUGGUUCGUCGCCCAGUGGAAGGCCGGGAACAGCUGGAAGUGGAAAAGGAGGCGGCGGCGGCUCUCCAGGUCGCGGCCGCGGCUCUCCUGGUCGCGGCGGCGAUAGGGAUAAUGAUAAUGACCGUGAUAAUGAGAACGGUGGUGGUGGUCAAGGCGGUGCACCAGCUAGAAGCCAGCCUGCUGAAGGACAGGGAGAUAAUGACAACAGUGAUCGACGGGAUGGUGGACGACCAGGUGGUAAGGGGCCUCAGCGUGGUGGUGGACGACAGGGAGGUGAAGGCCCACAGCGUGGUGGCGGGCGACCGGGCAGUGCUGGGCCACAGCAGGCUGGUGGCCGACCAGGCGGCAAACCAGGCCCACAACGACGACCAGGAAGUGCAGGCCCACAACGCGGAGGAGGACGACCAAGCGGCAAAGGCCCACAGCGAGGUGGCGGACGACCAGGAGGUGCAGGGCCACAGCAGGGUGGAGGACGACGAGGUGGUCGCCCCGGGGGCAAGAACAACUCACCAAGGCCUAACCCACUAGCCAGAGUACUGAAUUGCCCUGUCAACCCUGCACCAAUGGCAAUGGUUGAUCACAGUGCCGUAUCCAUUCAAGAUAUCCGCAACUGCAUCCAGGAAGCUUUUAGAGCAGCUGGUCCAGGUGGUCCAGGUGGUCCAGGUGGUCCAGGUGGUCCAGGUGGUUCAGGUGGUCCAGGUGGUUCAGGUGGCCCAGGUGGCCCAGGUGGUUCAGGCGGCCCACAAGGUGGAUCCGGCCAAGAAGGUCCAGGACAACAGGGCCCAGGUCAGGAUGGACCGGGCAUGGCAGGAUCCGGAGCGGGUGGGCCGCCAGCUGGUGGUCCUCCGGACGGCCAGGGUUCAGGUACUGAUGGACCUAUGGGAAGUGGUGCCGGCGAGGAAAAUGUGUGCGGCCUCGUACGUCAAUUAUGCUGCAGCUUCCAGCGGAUCUGCCUCAAUAUUGCCCGAUCUCUGCGCCCCUUGUAAGAUCAAAUUAGUAAACUUCUGAAGGAUCUGACUGACUAUUCAUUAUUUACUACCACCAAAAGCGUUAUUUUUUAGCGUCUGUUGCACAAUUGCAAACUCUAUGCUGAUUCCUCUACAUACUUUGCGCAUCUUCUUUUAAAUAUUGCCGACUACCUUCCGCUAUCCUGCACACAUUCUGUACGAAAGUAUCGCCACAACAAAAAAUUUAAUACACUUUAACUACAACUGAGCUGGAACUUAGCUGAUGUGGCCUCUCCAGGCUGGUGUCUGCGGAUAGGUGAGAACGUGUUGGAAAUGAUUUUGAUCUAGAAUUCUAGCUGCAGUUUUGUUCUAGUGAACGAUUCUGUCCUUUUCCUUUUCGUUGGUCGAUUGGAGAUGCACUCUUUCACAUUGAACACCUGAUGAAAGUGUUCGUGUUUUGGGCCUCGUCUAUUUCAUUUAUAAAAUGCGGGAGCAUGUCAUGUGCUUCAAACCCA